AUGGGGGUUCCCAUUGAUGGCAAUCCUGCUUUUGGAUUACGAUGGGUAUCAACAACUGCACCGGAUGUACUUUGUAUUGCUGAACCUGUAGGGAACUGGAACUCUUCAGACAAGGAAUGGGAGGAGGACACUGGAGAAUAUUUGCUGAUGCGGGACGAUAACUUACUGGAAGGCCUUUGGGCAUUGUUACAAGACAUCAAGGAUCCUGGCAUUGUCAAUGAAGUCAAUCGAUUCAGGGCUGUUGACGCCAAGAUAGACCUCCUACUUGCCGCGCAACGAUCUGUAGGGGCAGAACUCAUUCGCGCAUAA